AUGAUGGCGAUGUGAGUUGUAUUUUAAAAAUGCCUUUCACUCUCGUAUUUUCUAUCGGCAUUGUAUUUGUUUGUAGUAUUCACCAAAUCAGUGGAUAGCAAUUUUCGCGCGUUCUGAUUGGCUUCCGUAACUCGGAAUAUCCGUGGAUAUUCACUGUUUUGGGACGGGAUUCAAAAUGGCUUCUCGUUCCAUGACAGUUUCAAAAGAUGAAUUUUGGCGGUAAAUGAAGCAGCUGCACCAACAAAUACCAAGAAAGAAACAAAAUGUGGCUUGUCAGUGUUGACUUGUUGGAAUAAAAAAAAUUUCUCACUGAAUUUGCAACAAAAUAAUAAAAAAAAUGAUCCCCGAAACACUGUCAAUUGAAACGAUAAACAAACUCUAAGUGACGUCUUUUAUUUAUAAAAAAGUUUCUUUUUGAUUUUAUCCAACUGAUUUGGUAAAUACUAAAACAACUAUAACCCUCAGGGUCGGUUCAGAGCGCUGGAUAUACACCUCGGUGCUUCGCGUCUCGGUAUAUGUCUCCAUCACCACUAUUCACCUCCCCUUCGGGGAAUAGUUGUAUAGUAUGAAUGUCUGUUGAGAGAAUAUGCUGAAUAAUUAAUAAGGACUAGGAUGUGUCGGCUCCUUUCAAGGGGCUAUCAAACAUCUGCUUCACAAUAACUGAGUGCUUUCUCGCGCUCUGAUUGGUCGAGAGCUAUGGUCGGUCGAUAAGAGUACAGACCAUGAAAAUGACGUGAUAGUGGCGCAAUUUGUUUUAGUCUCUCCUUCAAAUAGUAUCAAUGUUAUUGUAUAAACAAAUCGACAAAAACUUUCCAUGGUCCGGUACUCGUAUUGACCAUAGAAAUGACGUCAAAAUGUUCAAAACUUUGCAGUGAAACCACUCGCCUGCGGUUCGUGGUUCCACUUUAGUACAGAUCAUGGGAAAUGUUUGACGAUUUGUCAAAUUGUAGUAUUUUUCGAAGGCGUAACUUUAAGACUGUUGCUCGCCAUUAGGAGAGCUAGUCAAUAGCGCAAAAGACCACAGAAAAAGGUCGAGAAAAUUCAAGAAAAAUUGCAAAUUAAUGGUCAGAUGUGAUAGUGAAUAAAAAAGUAUCAUUUGCUGAGGCCAUACCAUGCGUAAGUUUCAAGAAUUUCAAAAGUAGGUUGAGUUUGAUCGUCCGGGUGAACGUAGUCGUGAAUAGGAUUGUUGUUGUUGGGUACGGUGACUUACGUUUCGACAACAUGUGAGGUUGUCAUCUUCAGAAUCAAAGUGAGUUGUAUCACGUCAGUUGAUGGUAUUAUACUCUGGUUAUUGACCUGAUUGGUCAAUUACGUCGCGAUUUUAUUGGUCGUUUGUCAGUUAAGCCGUUAUGUUAUUGGCUAUGAAGACUCGUAAUGUAAUUGGUGCUUUUCGAUCCGUCUAUUGUCACAGUGAAACAGUCGUCUAUUGUUAGUCAAAUUGUCAGUUCUCCUGUCAUUCUCUCGUAUUGUUCUCGCAAUAAGUCGUUUGUACGGUGUCGGUAACUGUUGACUACGAUUCAGUGGCGUUUGUUUUGAGUUAGUAAACCAGCUUUCUAAAGUCAGUCGUCGAUAGUAGUCUGUAAUACAUGUCGCAGAGUCCCAGUCCAUUUGAUGUUUCGUCUGUAAAUGGUGUUCAGCAGUGUGAUUGUUGGCGUCACCAUUUCUCGUCGCUCGCUUGUGUUCGGUCAGUCGCGUGCUACGGUUGCUACCGGUUUCACCAAUCUAAGUAGCCUGACAGUCACAGCAUUUGAUCUUGUAUACUGCUCCCUGUCUGUCCUCCGGUUUGUCUUUGUCCUUGACAUUAGUAAACAGUCGUCGUAAAGUGGUUAUCAAUUUGUGUGCAACACGUAUAUUAUAAGGUUGUAGUAUACGUGCGAUAGUUACAGAGGUGCCUCCGAUGUACGGUAUAGUCGCUGUCGUAACAGGGCCAGAGUUGAAGUUGGUCUGAGUGUUGGAAUCAGUGUUACUGUGAGUGCUCCGUCUAACGAAGUCCGUGUUGUAGUUGUUUUUACUAAAAACGUUAUCUAAGUAGUCAGUAAAAUCUUGUAGGCUGUUAGGUGAAUCGCAAACGAGUUGUGCUCAAAGUCCGUAUGAUUGUAGCCUUGUGAGAGGUCGGGUUGUACGAUGACUGGUCUAGGGAUCGGUCGGUAUGUGUCGGUUUUCUGUAAAUAGUGGUUCGUAGUCUGUUGUUGUCGCGAGUGACCUGAAACAGUCUAGAAAAGGUAUCUUACCAUUUUCUUCGAUCUCCUUGGUGAACUGUAUGUCCGCGUUCUGUGUCAGUAAGGUGUUCUAGAAAAUCGUCGAUUCUGUCUUUGUGUACGGCAGCGAAUGUGUCGUCAACGUAGCCUAACCAAAGAGGUAUAGUUCGCGUGUAGGUAGCUAGGGCUUGUUCCUCGAAGUUUUGCUUAACAAUUUCUGCUACAACAACAGAAACUGGAGAGAACAACUGAAAAUAACGCUAUCUUCUCUUUCAGGAAAGUGGCAAGCAACCUUACCUGACUCUUAUCAGCCUUCUUCCAACCUACCUUUGCCUUCUUGUUGUAAACAUCAGAUUUGCUGUUCUGCUCGUACUGGAAAUCCGCAAAACAGGGUUUCGGUUCUUUCGUCGCAUCCGUGAGGUAAUUAGCAUAAUUUUUUUUAUAUUAUGUAAUGUUUCGUGUAUCUAAUGUAUUUGGGCUUCAAAGUAAGCGCAAUUUUUUUAACUCCUAGGCGAAUUCAAUUGAGGUAAUUGGAUGCGCUCUACCCUGGGAGCACAGGUUUCUCUCUUGCAUGACUUUUAGCGUUUACGAAGUCGUUCGUGUGGCUUGCCUGUCGCGUGGUUGGUUGGUUUACGCCCCGUGACUACGCGACAAACAAGCCACGCGAACCAUGCAAGAGAGAAACCUCUGCUCGCAGGAUAGAUGCUCCCGGUAAUACACAAUUGAACUUUCCAUUAGGUUCAGUCGAACCUGCACUUACGGCUACCUCUCCACGACGGCCACUUGUUUUUGUCCCAGCGGGACAGUCCAUACAUUGACUCUUCUUUAAACCUUCUAAAACGGCCACCUCUCUACAGCGGCCACGGCCACUAAAGCUUGUCCCCAACUGCCAAUUAUAUAUGAUUGGAUUACCAUUAUUGGAUUUAGUAAGCAACUCAAUUUAGCACAAUAAACAUGUUUCCCUAACUCUGUCUUUAUGUAAUGAUACUAACUUAAGAUUAUGUAAUAAUAUUUAUUUUAAGAAAGUUACACCCUAACCCUCAGUUGUUCUUCUGUUUCGCCUAGAUUAGCUUUUGCUACCUGCGGGACAGUGUCAUUAAUUAAGUUUAUUCUUACAACAAACUUAUGUUGUUGUUGUUGUUUUUUUGUUUGUUGUUGUACUCCCUAAAAAAAGGUGAUAUUACUCCCCUACUUCCCCAUAACGGCCACCUCUCCACGACGGCCACUUUCUUCUGUCCCCAAGGAGAGAUCCGACUGUAUAAUAAAUAAAGGCUCCAAAGUUUGGCCUGUCAGAGUUCUUUGUCCGAUUACAGCUGAGAGGGUUAACGGUAUUUUAUGUUCUUUGUGGUCCGAUUGCUCGUGCCUCGUUGGUUCAUCUGUCUUAACAAAAAUUCAUGAAUAAUAAAUUUUCCUUAUCCUGGAUUAAGACCUGAUGCAGUAGGUUGAAUAGAGUGAUUGAUGUGUUUCGGGAAACGUGCAAACCAAGGAUUAAGCUAAUACAUAAAACAUUAGGUUCUGAUGACAUCGAUCGAGAACACACUGGAUGAAAAAAUGGAUUUGCACAAAUUUGCUUCUUGCAAAUAUGUCGCAAAUAUGUAAAUAUUGAGGAGUAAAUAUAUGGCAAGGAUGGUAAAAGCCACAUUUGCCUACCAUAAAACAGCUAGAGGGUGCAGAUAGCUAGCUAGGCCGACAAGUAAUAUGGCAUUUACCAUGUCCGCCAUAUAUUUACUCCUCGGUAUUUACACAUUUGCGACAUAUUUGUAGGAGCAAAUUUGUGCAAAUCCAUUUUUUCGUUCCGUGACACUCAGUGAGGAAACAUAACAAGUAUAGCUUUUGCUUUUCAGUCGGCGUAUGACUAGCGUUUUUGGCCAGCUAAAUACAAAAUAGUUUUAGUAUUGGCAGCUGUUUACACUGAUCGCAGUCCCCUAUUUUUCCGUGAGGUCGUCGAGAUAUAGAGUGUUUUCACUCACGUGGCCAGCAUCUAUGCAUCUAUUAUUGGAACAAAAGAAAGCGUUUGCAUAAGGAAAGAGUACAACUCCCAGAGGAUUGGUUUGAGACACCAACAUGGCCGCCGUUUCAUUGUUUUGGGACACCAACAUGGCCGCCGCUUCAUUGUUUUUGGACACUAAUAUGGCCGCCGUGACGUCAUGUGAAAACACUUAAAUGUACCGCUCUAGGGGGUAGGGGAGCGAGCAAAAACCUCCCUUCCAAACCGCCCCCGCCACCUAAGUAGUUUUUACACUCAUGCAAGAUGGCAGCCGGUAACGCAAAGCGCUCGAUCUCGACGAUCUUACGGGAAAAUAGAGGACUGUGAACAGUCUAGCAACUGUUUGGACAGCAAAAAACGAAUGGUUCACAAGUUGAAAGCUUGGCCAAUAAAUUCUAACACUUUCUACUAUCUAGCAUUAUCGGAAGGCGUUUUACCCCAUUCAGAUCGGACUUUUUCCCCUUCGUCACGCAUUUCCUGCAAGCUAAUUUAAAGCCCUCAAGUCGUGUCAAGACUGAUAUGAUUCAAAUACAAUUAUAAUAUUUCUUUGCUUAUAGUAUAACGAUAUCACGUUUACAAAAUCCACUUAAAUUCAUUCAGCAAUAAUUAUAUAACCAAAAAUCGUGAGAUCAAAAUCUCUUAAGCUUGAAAGUGGCAAAUAGCAUUUUUUUUUCUUAACAAUGGAAACACCAACAACAGCUACAACAAUGGAAAGAUGCAUUAAUUCGGUUUAAUACCUUCCUUCUUCGGACCUCUCAAAGUUUGUUUCAAAAGUAAUCGCAAAAUGGAUUAAACGCCCUUAGUAAAUAAGACUAAGAAUUCACGGUUACUACCGAGUCGAAUCCAAGAGUCUCCUAGCCUGCAAGCAAACUCUCUUUUUUGAGGGAGUUGCGACUUACGAGAAGUCACACGACAGCAGCACGCGAAAGGACAUGCGAGUGCGAGGGGCUUCGCCGCUCGCUCGCUCGUUCUCCCGGAGUUCCGUCGAAGGCUAAGGGUUUCGCUAAAAGUUACCCAUGUAAUAUCCAUAAGUGAAUAAACCGGGAAAGACUUUUUUCAUUAAUCCAAUAGUUACGAUAUUAACACUUUCUUUUUCAGAGAUAUAGAGAAUGUAGUGAUACCAUUCUAAUAGAAUCGCCUGGAGUAGAGCACAUCAAGAAACUCCUUUAUCCCGGAGAAAACUCGUAAGUCUUUGAAAUAUUUUCCGUUUUAAGAAUUACGACACACAUCUAUCUUGUUUGCAGCGUUGUUUGAUAGGCUCUUUGCAUGACUUGAUCACGAGAUCAACUUUCGGUAAACACGAAAUCAGUUCACUUUUGAAAAUUUUCAUAGCACAAGCUGAAAGAGCAUAUUAAAAUUAGGUAACCUGAGCAUUUUCAGCCGUAUAACUCAAAAGUAGCGAUUGCAAAGGCCGCCGAAAGUUGGAAGCAUUUGUAUGAGAAAAACAACUUUUGCCAUCCAGUCACACUUGCAUGGUUUUCCAUACAAAUCCUUGUAGUUUCGAAAUUUUCAAAACUUUCAUGAAAUAUUUCCUUAAGCAUUACGGGAUUCAAAUCUCCUUUUAAUUCAUAACCGGCAAUUUGAGCCCUUAAAUGCGUAAGGAAAAUAUUUAACGACAGUUUAAGAAUUUUAGAAUUUACAAAGAUUUGUAUGGAAAACCAUGCAAGCGUGACUGGAUGGCAAAAGUUGUUUUUCUCAUACAAAUGCUUCUAACUUUCGGCGGCCGUUACAAUCACUACUUUUGAGAUACACAGCUGAAAAUUCCUUAGGUUGGGGAGGGGGGGAGCUUCAAUCCCUUUAAUACCCUAGAUAGAGCCCAGAUUGUGAUAAAAUGUUAAGAACUGAACGAAUGAGACAAGAAUGCUGAGAAUAAGUGUGAUAAGCCCGGCAGAGAGUAAAAGCAGGAAUACCAACUGCUAUUUUUUUGGUUAUUUCUCCUUAUGAUCUCUUCAUUUGACAGGGGUGCGACACAUACAAAUGAAAAGUGGUACUUGAGAUUGAUUCCCUUCAUCUACAAACCAAGAGCAGGUUUGACUUCAUUAGACAGUCUGGUAAUAAAAACUAAAAUUCUCACUAUUUUUUUCUCUGUGGAUGAGAUAUGCAGCUCGAAAAAGAGAUUAUGCCAUGACGUAAUAUUGAGCCACUCUGUGGCUACCUUUCGUUUUCGUGGCGUAUUUUCCUUCAAAUCGUCGGAAUUUCAACAAAAUCGUCACAUAUCAAGAAUUGUUUGCGUUAUAACCCUACUAGCGAGCUCGAACAACCACGACGGUGACGACGGGAAAAAAAAUUAAAAAAUGCAGCAGAUUUUAUAACCUGUUUAAGCACAAUUAAAUAACUUUGAUCGUGUAGUACACUUUUUGGCAAAUUCUUUGUCCUCAUCACACUACUAAAGCUGUAAAACUUUAUAGAAAUGGCAAUGCAUUCGUCGCUUUAAUCUCUAAGAUUCACGUUUCAUCAAUAGCAAUCGUCAUUACUUCGAUUUCGUCGAAAUACAAAUAGAGAGUCACAAUAUUACGUACAUAACUACUUCUCGAAGCUUGGGUAGAAGUCACUUAAUUAUUUUGUAAAGCGGAGCGUCGAGUUGGUGCCUUUGCUCAAAGGGAUACAGGAAGGCUCUAUCUAGUGGAACGUCACUAUCUGAAUUUCGCAUUGGUCUGGUUUGGGCACGUGGUACAUAACUAGUCCAUUGAUUGGCUACUUUUUAUAUACGAAGGUUAUUUACUACUUGUUUAUCAGACAUCAAUAGAUGUACGAAAAUAGCAUAGAGCCAUAAAAGGGAUCUACCUAGCUUGUGUGGCAGGCGCAAAAAGGAGAGGGGAGGUGGAGAGGGGAAGCGCGAAAGGACAAGAGCAUCUCCCAUCUCAGCCCUUUGCCGUAGUGCCAACCCUGCAUUGAGUUUUGCUAUAUUUCACACUUCCAGUGACGUCUGGCUACAGCAACUCUUUGAUUAGAGAUGCGGCAAGAGGAACCAGUCAGUUAUAUUUACGCGUUGCGUGGACGUCUCUAUUCAAACAGUUUUUGUUAUCUCCGCAAUCGCCCUUUCUUUUUCUCUUCCUCCCAAUCUCCUACCCCUUUCAACGCCUGCUACUCAGGCUAGGAUGGACCUACCUUAUUAUUAAUCCACUCUUUCCCUAAUUGUCUUUUUUUUUUUUUGCAAUAUCACUAUGCUGAAUGUCUAUUCGUCGAAAUGCAUAAGCUGACGAAGAAUGUAUACGUAAUAUUUCAGUCACAAUAUUAAUCAUGUUAUAAUCGCCAAGCCAAUGAGAUUUAAUGACAAAUUUUAAUUUAAGCUGAUAGAAAAAUUAAAGAAAUGUGCAACUCGAUGUCUUUACUUCAUUUGAACACAGUGAUUUAGCAACUGAUCGACGCGAAAGCGGGCGGGCGGGCGGAAAGACUGAACGCGACUUCCGGUGCCUAAUUUUUCACUUUGCCGUUGGUCAAGCCCAUUUUGUGGUUUGCGUCCGCCGUCGGCACUGCCGCCGCGUUUCCGUUUAGAAAAAUCUACCUAUAAAAAUAAGGCUUGCCCAUUAUGUUGGUGUUUUUUCAGAUUUCAAGUUCUCGACGCAGUUUAUAUCAACGUUGAUGGUUGCUGCAAUAGUUAUAUUUCAGGUAAGUAAGGGAUUGUACACACUAUGUUAAUUCGAAAAUUGUAAAAUCGGCGUUGUUCAAAAGAGUCUUAACCGAAGUUUCGGCAAUACUGCCUUCUUCAGGGUUCAAGACUAAAUACCGUUAAAAACCUGGAAGGGAAAGUUUCUUUAUCAACGUUUUCCACAGCGAGUCAAGGAAAGAACCAAUUUAAGUUCUCCUGUCCCAUUUGACACGUACUGUCCAAUUACUCAGGGCUAAAAAUCCUGGUUAUUGAAUUCAGAAACUAAUAUUUGCGUUUUAUCAAAAAUUUGAUUUUCGAAUAUGAGCAAUGCAGAAGUUUAGGCGUGUUUUAGCAGUCAUGCGUGCUUAUUGGCCCCGUGGAAGUAAGAAAGAACAGCCGGCAAGCGUUUUGCCUGUAAGCCUUAAAAGAGGCCCUCGACGUUUUCCCCGAUUGGCGACGCUAAUGAAUCCUUUUUCGGACUCGUCAAUUUUUUUUUGUACCAGCUGAACAAAAAAAAGUAAUAAUAAUCGUGGAUUCUCCAAAUCAAUGCUUAAAUUAGCUUUGCUUAUCUCCUGUCAGACUGGAGAAUUUGGUUAUCAGUAGUGACAACUGUACAACUCAUAAGAUACAAAUUCUCUUUAAGCUCCUUGUGAGUUUUCUGGGCCGAUUUGCUGUCUACAAGAAGACUUUGACCAAGAACUAUUGUGGUAAUGACAACUGCAAGGAUUUGUUUGGUGUGAUAUUUGGUAUGUUAAUAGUAUAGGGAGUUCGUAUGAAGUCAAUAUAGAAAUAAAAAGGGUGGCACUCUGUGGAACUUGUAAGUUAAUUGUUCAUUGUCAAACGAUGUCUAAGCAAUUGGAGUGAUUUUACUUAACUAGUGAAAUAUAUAGUAGACUAAUACGAAGCAUUAAACUCUUAUUUUAUUGUUUUCUUUCGUUUACUUGUAAUUAUUUGGCACUAACUGAUGCAUACUGUUUCACAGGUUUAGUAAAAUCACUCUACCAUCUGCUAUUUUCAUUCCCCCGCUUAUUAUGGUUAUACUCUCUACCAGUCUUUCUCUCCGCUGAGAUUUGUACCUUUAAUGUUUUGGCCUAGAACAUUUUAAAAUACUUUUUCUCUGCAACCGCUCGUUAAACAUUGUAUGUAACAUUUUGCAUUUGUUUUUUUAUUUAAAUAGUUGUUUUCCAUUCAGUUUUAAUUUUAGAAUCGGAAAAGAGGAAUACAAAAGGGUUGUACGUUCAAAGUAGAUUUUCUCACUCGCCGAUAACUGAACUUUCCUGAAUCUUUGCUUUCACAGGCAGCUUGCAAACCGCCUAUAUUUUUUCCUGGUUUAUAUCCGCCAUAUUGCUUCUACACUUUAUGAAGUGUCAUCGGUAAGUCUAUAUGUAGUUGAUUUGGUCGAGCCAAGAGAGAUUAAUGGGAAGGGAGGCGAUCUUAGGGCGUUGGCCAGGGGAUGUGAAUAGGUUUUUUUAGAGUUUGGUCCUGAGAUGUCCGCAUAUUUUAUUGGAUUAUUUGAAACGUCACCAAGUCCCCGCGCGACUGUCUCAAAGCAAACAAUGCAGAAUAUUGGCGACUGUUGAAUUCUCUCUGAUAAACCUGAACAAGUUUGCGGACUUCUCCUGAAAGGAACCUCUUAUUACAUGUUAUUUCAAGUAUUUAAUUGGUCUAAAGAUAACUUAAGUGGAAUUCACAUAUCCCAAGGGCUUGACUGAACGUUUUCCUCUCUUUCCCAUUAUUUUCUAAUGUUAGAGCUCUUUACAACUCCUUUUUUUCUUACCCACCCCAAACCAACCCAUCCGUCAACACGAUUUUUGUCUCACUCGCUUCCUGUUUUUCAGGAGUCAUGUACUGCAGCUAUAUCAAGGGAAAAAAGCCUUUUAUCAACAGGUGGAGGUUUCGCCAACAACACUGGUGGUAAGUAUUUGAUUUGAGAAAAGUAAGGAAUUUAAUUAAGAUAAAGAUAGUUAACAAUUAAUGAAUGAGGCUGAGUAUCCUAUGAAGAAUUAUGGAGAUCGAGGAGGGUGUUGGCUGAGGCGGAUAAUACCCUCCGAGAUCUCCAUAAUUCUUCAUAUGAUACGAUAGCCGAAUGUAAUAAUUGUUUUAUUAUUCAUUCAAAAUAGCUCCUAGUUGAAAAACAUAGCUAAAACAUACUUACCUCCAUCGCUGUUAAGUUCAUCUUCGAUAGUACACGUUUAGGGUUGCUCAGCCCCGUAAAUAUUCUCCAAAUAGCAGAUGUUGCCCUUCGAGUUGUCUUCUUGCUGUUCUUGCCAUGUUUUUAGCUAUUACUUCGUAUAGUUCUUACUCUUGAAACGAGUGAAGUGUCCGCCAUUUUUGUUUUCACAACCAAAACAACUCAACCUCGUCUCCAGGUCUUCUCGGUUAACGGUGAUUUAACCUGCAAGGAAACUGCACUUUUGACGUCAUCGGUUGAUUAAUCGCAAAAUUCUUCAAAAUUUGGUCAUUAGUAGCUGGUUAUGAUGAAUUGUGCGUGUGCUUUCAGCCAAUCAGAAUCGGGGAAAUGUUGAAUGAAUAAUAACGGGUGUUAAGAUACUUCUCGCAUCUAAGGGGCUUCCUUUGCAACACUUUUUGUACUUCAUGAGGAUGUUAUCUUCUGUGCCUUAGUAGUAGUGGUAGUGGUAGUAGUAGCAGUAGUGUACCCUACUUUUGCUUGGGCACUUUUCCUACCGUGUCGCUCCAAUAGGAACAAGGGAAAAAGGGCAAGGGAAUCCAAGACAGUCUUGCAUUUUGAUUCCAGGUACUGGAUUCCAGUCUGUGGAAUUUUGAUACUUGAUUCUACUCGUUAGCGGGAUUCCGAAUUCCUUGAGUUGUAAUCCGGAUUCCAAAGUCCAGGACUCCAGAUUGCACACAAGCAAAAUUUUUCCGAUUACGGAAUCCGGAUUCCCUCGCAAUCACCGUUUUCACCGAGAUCAUAAUGCACCUUGUGAAAAAAAAAAAGGAAUAACCAUGGCCUUCGAUUUCUCUUGGAACGACUGUGAUACCCAUGAGAAAUAGGACAUUUGCAUGAUGGCGUCAUUUUACUACUAUGACCAGGAUCCUUCAGGGUUUUGCUUUCUUGCGCAAAUUAGGUUUUUUGUUAUUUAAACCUCACUGGGAUUACCCAACUUUAAAUAUGAAAAGAAAAACGAAAGGAAUAGGCCAGUUGCACUAAGAGGUCACGUGACCAAUGCUUCCUCUAAACGAUGUGUUGGAAUCUUGCUGAUGCCAAAAAUUGACAGAGCACAUAAAAAUUAUCUCACUCCCGAAAUUUGAGAGGGAACGCAUUUAAGGGAGAUAUUUUAUGGCACUUUGAUUUUUCAACAAAGCAGUAUGAUUUGUAUUGGCCGCCAUGUUGGAGGGCAUACUCUUGCCCUCCAACAUGGCGGCCAAAAGAUGAAAAACGAAUAUACUUGUUAAACGUUUGAUAGUUACGCUCAGAUGUGCUGUAAACGUUACCACAUCAUCUUUUCAACAUUUCCCUUGAACUUUAAGUGCAAAAUUUGUGUUCUGAAAGAUGUAAUACCUAAUUUGAAAAAUCACAUUUGGUCACGUGACGAGCUACGAACUUACUCAUUUUAAGAAAAUGGUGCGGGUUUGAAAAACCAAAUCACUAUUAUUUUGUUUAAGAUAUGACCCACUAAUCUUUUUUGGAAGGCAAAAUCAUAUAACUUUCAUUUUCGUAAAAACGAUGUCAUAUGACCUCUUAGUGCAAAUGGCCUAUUCUGGUCGUAGUAGUAAAAUGAGGCCAUCGUGCAAAUGGCCUAUUGGAAACAAUAGUUAUAUAAAUUUUGGGGGUAAACAAGAUGCAUUACGCCAUGCUCAAUGGGGCGAUACUCUGAGUGCCAGCCCUACGUUGUCCCGUAAUGAUUUUCUGGGAGAGAAGUUAAAUUUGUAUGGUAGUUUGCAAAUUUUUAAUGUUGUUAAACGUUAUUGCAUUUCACUAGGAAAACAGUAUUUUAUUUUCUGGAUACCAAGUCGCCUACACAAUAGCUGGUAGGAAAUUUUUAGAGUUUUUUUUCUCAACGCUUUUGGGAAUUUUCGAUAUAGGUUUUUAUUCCCAGGUCUGGUUCUGCAAAGAGAUCUGAAAACACCCUUGGUUAAAGAAUGUAUUUUAUUCAUGAUAAUGAUGCUGAAAGUAACAAUUUCGAUGAUUUUGAUGGUGAUCGCGGUAAUGGCGUCCAUGAUAAUGAUAUGAUAACAUAAUAAUGUCGAUUUAAUGCUAAUGAUGCUGAUACUGGUAAAGGUGAUGAUAAUGAUGGUUGCCUUCAUGACGAUAAUAGGGAGUUUAAGAUACCUGACAACGGCGACGGCGGCAAAAACGUCGCUUAAAAAGGUGACUUCUCGAUCUAUGAAACUUAAGCGCAAUCAUCCCAACUCGGUCACUAUCUUUUAUGUAGGCGAACUCUCCUGGACUUGAGUUCUUAAGAAAAAUAUCCAGUUUUACAAAGAGUAAGAGAGAUUCGUCGUCGUAUGUUCCCGUUGUCGAUAAAACGUGAAAUUAGGCAAUUCACGUCGUAGUCGUGCAGCGACCGCAAAGAAACUUACAAAAAAGCGUGAUGCACGUGCAGAGUUGUUGUUUUGCUAAUCUUAACCAAUUGCUUUUUGAAGUUCUCGUCGCCGUCGCCGUAGUGGCAUCUUAAACUCCCUAAUGACGAUAAAUUGACGAUGAUGAUGACAAUGAUGGUGUAGUUGAGGGCGAUGAUGAUGAUGGUGAUGAUGGUGACGAUGAUGGUGACGAUGGUGGUGACGAUGAUGGUGAUGGUGUGAUAGUAAAGGUGAUUGAAAUCGCCCAACCCCGUUCUUUGUCUACUCCAUAACAAGCUUGAAUAAGCAACAUAAGGACCAACCGGAAGAACGUGGACCGUAUCGUGAGUACAACUGCAUAAACUAAUUUGAACGCCUACCGCAGGGUUUCUUUUGAAAUGCAACCAUCAUUAUUGACGCCAUAUUUUUUUUCUCCUCGUCUCGUUUAUGAGGAGCCACCCUUAGGUCUAAGCAAUAUCUUUUUAAUACUCUUCAUAUCAAAUUAAUUUUGUAUGACUUGUUUUUUAGGUUAUAUGGUCUUGGGGUUAUCUCUAGCGGUUGUGUGCGUCAUUUUGGGGCUAAUUGUGAAAUACUGGAAUGAUAUCAUCGAUCAAGAACAAUUGAAGAAAUUUGUGUUAACUGCGUUGUAAGUCUUUGCGCUGUUUAUUCAUAAUUACGUAUAUAAGGUCAUUACUCUUUGGGUCUCGUAACGUACCAUAUUUCCCUAACAUGGCCAUCUAGAGUUAGGUCUUGUCGUUUUUGACCCAUUUUCUUUGUCUCUUCAUGCGGCGAACAUCUCUCUGAAACAGGCCGCACCUUGUGACGGUCCCAAAAAGUUCUUUAACUCAUAUGUGAAGCUUUAAGAGCAGAGUGCUAAUUACAGCAAAAUGUUUGGCGGCAAAUAAUUUUGGUUAGUCUUCCAGGCAUUAUUAUGGAUGGCGUCCUUUUACUACACCUAGAAGAAAGUUUUGUUGAUUGUUAUUGUCGAACCACACAGGGAUCCGUAGAUUUCAAUAACCAAGUAAUAAUAAUAAUAAUAAUAUUUAUUAUUUGGUAUUGCACAAAUUAACAUAUAUCACAUGAUCAAAUGCGCAUUACAAACUAUUAAAGCUAACUAAAAAAUAUAUUAAUUAUCGAAUUAAACAUGAAUAUAUAAGUAAAACGGUAAGGAAUUCCACUAGCUCAGGAAAAUGACCUUCUGUUGAAGACGAAGUGGUUUGAGGUUAUGUUUGCAUGGAACGUAGGUCAAGAUAACUCUACUAAGGAUUACCCCCUGGAAGGUAGACUUUCAAAAAAGUCCUUCGUCCAAUUUAAUUUUUACAAUAACUGAUCGAAUCCUCGCGCGCUGAUUGGUCAAGAACUAUGGUCUUUGAGAGUAAAGACCAUGGAAAUGACGUAACAUGUCACGCGUGAUUUUCUGAGAAACUUCGCAGAAGACUAAAAAUAAAUGUUAUUGUAAAAAACAAAUCGACCACAAUUUUCCAUGAUCUACACUCUUACAGACCAUAGAAAUGACUCCAUAAAAUGUUCAAAACGUUGGCAGUGAAACCACUCGCCAGCGGCUCGUUCCUCUUGAGUUUUGAACAUUUUAUGAAGUCAUUUCUAUGGUCUAUUUACGCAGUAGACAACACUUUCUAUGGGUUUACCGGCGUGAUAACCCACGCGGGAUGUUGGGAGAACACGAGAAAAGCUUGUAAAUCACAAGCCGAAGGCGAGUGAUUUACAAGCAUUUCGAGUGUUCUCCCAUCAUCUCAAGUGGGUUAUCACGCCGGUAAACCCAUAGAAAGUGUGGUCUAUUGCUUUUAUAAAAUAACUUUAAAGCAUGUUUCAGUUUUCUUUGAGUUUACCAGCACAAUAAACCAUAGGUUUUUAAACAAUCAGAACGCGCGUACUAUCUUAGUUAUUUUAUAAAAGAGUGUAGACCACUGAAAAUUGUGGUUGAUUUAUUAAAUAGCGCGGGACGAACCUCUCGCGACUUUGUUGCUCGCUUGGCCACUUCCCGGUCUAAAGAGCUCGCUCCGCUCGCGAGGAACCUCGUGAGGUCGACUUGUAACAAGUCUACCCGAAAGGGUAUCUUACUCUAUAGAGUACUAAAGUGUGACGUCAUAAAAAUGAAAUUUCUGAAAUUAUGGGAUUUGUCACAAUAUUCUGAAAGAACAAUGUCCACAAGGCCUACUUGCCAAAAAUGAGCAUUUGGGGGCAAAUUGUCUCUGAGAUCGUAGCCCAGUUAUGCUUACAAAACUCCAUACAAACCCUUCUAAAUUUUUUUGGGGUCGACCCAAAAAAAAAUUAGAAGGGUUUGUAUGGAGUUUUCUGAGUAUAACUGGGCUACGAUCUCAGAGACAAUUUGCCGCAUAAUGCUCAUUUUUGGCAAGUAGGCCUCUUGGACAUUGUUCUUUCAGAAUAUCCUGACAAAUCCCAUAAUUUCAGAAAUUUCAUUUUUAUGACGUCAUCACUUUAGUACUCUAUUGUGUUGCCUUAAUAUUUUGAAUAUGAGAUAGGGUUAAAAUAUAAGUAGGAUUACCCUACCUGCUUUAAGAAUCAAGUUAAGCAUGAUUGGCCGUUUUAUAAUAAUUCCUUUCUUUACCCUUGGUAGUAUUAAGAGUGAUUUUACUUGAACUGUGAAGCAGAUACUAAAAAAUAGUGAAAAAUAGCAAGAGGUAAACAAAAGAAGACAAUGGAAUUAGUGCAUAAUUAACAAUUAUUCCUCGAGCCCGAAGGGGCUCUGAGUCAAUAGCCUAUGAGGCCGAAGGCCGAAUGGGCUAUUGACUCAGAGCCCACGAGGGCGAGAGGAAUAAUUGUUUUAGUAAAAUCCAACUAGUUGGUCAAAAAUAUCGAAACAAAAAAACUUUACCUAGCAAAACGCGACUCAGCCGCCAUUGUAUUGGUUUCCAACGCCGGCACUUUUCCGUAGUAGUGGGCUAUAACAUAUACAGCCUAGUAGUAGCUCAACCAAUCAGAACGCACCAUUGAUAAUAGACCACCAGUUGGAUUUUACUAAUAGUGAGUAGUAUUCUACUACCUAUUUCACGGGUCAAGUUAACACACUCUAUAUCAACACUUAUGCUAGUGGGGCCGAGCGAAUGACCGAAACAAAUAAUUCAAAUAUAAUCAAACAUAUAAGAGUGUUAAGAAUCCAAACUGGCCGUAGGCCAACCAGCUGGUUAUUUACAAGCGUGGUCGAGGAUUUGAACUCUUGAUUACCGUGAACAAAUCCAGCUACCGGUCAGGGCGGGACUUGAACUCGAGUCCUUCGAAUGGCAAGUCCAGCGCUUAAACCACUCGGCCACGCUGCCUCCUUCGUAUCAACAAAUACGAAAUCGUGUAGCAAGAAAUUAACUCCAGCAAAAUUGCGAUUAAAGGAAGAAAAUCUGUGGUUUAUUGAGAAUCGCUCACUGGAUGAAUAUCUUUGGAAGAUUGCCCUUUCGUUAACUCCCCUUAAGAAAAAGGAAGGGUUAUAUUAAUUAACACCCCUCUGGAAGAGCACACUUUUUCCAUGUAAAAACAUGGCCCUAAAACAUUUGGACUGGAAUUCUACAUUAAUAUAAAAUUCAAUCCCUCUGCUUCUUACUCAGAUGUUACUCUUCAUCGUCAGUUUCAUUUUCCUUUAUUUUUUCAGACCCACUGUCAUCAUAGCGAUUUUAUUGUGGUGUUUCCAGCUGUUUCUUGGUCACUUUGUCUUCCGAGACAGAACGCUUCCAAAGACCACUAUCACUGUCAAUAACAGGUUUGUAUUCACCCCUUACAAUUUAUUGAUUCCCUGCUAUUGAUAAUUGAAGUAGAACUUACCAGUUGUCGAAAAAAAAGGUAAAAAAAAACCAAACAUACAAACCAAACAAGCCUAACACAAUCAUGGCGUUAUUGAUAUAUGUGUAGUUCAUUUUUUAUCUCACUCCACAGGUAAUUUUUAUUUUUCUUUUGUUUAAACUUGAUUAGCAUACAUUAAAAUACUCAAAAACAAAAGAAAAAGAAAAAUUACCUGAGAUAAAAAAUUAAUAACAACAUAUACUUCUACCAUCAUCGAUGCCGAAUGUGUCCGCAGGGAAACAGCAAGAUAGAUUAAUCCACAAAAAAAGCGAACAAACAAACAAAUAAAAUUGAGGAUUUAAUACAAGAUCGAGUUAUUUAGUUUCCCACUCUGGAUUGUUCGAAAUGGAAUGCAUGGCUAACUAUUGUUGACUCCAGGAAUAUUAUUACUUCGAGUCACAUAAGGGGCAUAUAUAAAACCAAGUUAUGCUGAAGCACCGACUAACAUGAAACUCACUCUUUGUUCUCUUUUUCUCUUUCUUUUCGUCGUUACUUUAUUUUAUUCUUUAACCGACAAAUUUCCUUUAUUCGUAGACGACUGUAUUCCAUCAUAUCGUACUUCUUUUUCUUCUACAACGUUCUCGUUGGGUUGUUCUCCUGCCUUAUGCGUAUUUUCAAAGGAACAGUGCUAGGAGUUUUGUUUCUGGGUCGUAUUGACAGGACAGUCUUGAUGCAAGGAUUUCAGACGUGGGAUCCAGGCAAGUUAAAUUACCUUUUGGUGAUGUACACUCAUGCACGCAAGCUAACAAUCACAUGACAUUAGUUAGACUAACAUGAUUCGUUUACGAAGAAAAGACACAAAACAACAAAAUGCGAUAACAGGGAGCCUUUCAGUGCUCCGAAAAUUGAAGAUCGAAUGACCACCGUCUGGGAAAGUUAACAUUUAACCGAAAUUAUGCGUAGCAGUUUAAAUGCCAGGUAAUUAAUUCCCACAAAGAUUAAAAAGCACAGUUAUAAAACUUUUCAUCCAAAAAGGCGUAAUCCCAUUGCCAGCCUACUUUUAUCACUAUAUCUCGUAAGCAGUAAUAGCCGAUUGUACACUGCGUAAAAAUCGAGCUCAUUUGAAAACUAUUGCAUACUUAUUUAUUUAAAAUUAUCUUUAUAAAUUAAACUCACUGGGCCAGUUAUUUAACCGGAGUUUAGACCUUGUUUAUUGACAUCGCGUUCUUUAAUUUUCAGUUUGCCAUACGCUUUUAUCUGAACACCAUUUAUCAUGAACAAUUUCAAUAAAGCGCUUAGCGUAGACUGGAAAAGCACUUAUUUUCUUAAAUUAACCUACUAAGAACGAGUUCUGGAGGUCCAAUGAUUUCUUAAGCCGCAGUCUAAGUUCUAUGUCGUUUACAUAACCGACCUACUGAGUCUGCGUUAACAAGAGUCUAAUCACCAAUAACAUCGCGACAUAAUUGACCAAUCAGAUCAAUAACCAGAGUAUAAUACCACCAACUGACAUGAUACAACUCACUUUGACUCUGAAGAUGACUACCGCACAGGUUGUCGAAACGUCAGUCACUGUCAACAACAGCAGUCCUAUUCAGGACUACGUUCACACGGACGAUCAAACUCAACCUACGUUUGAAAUGACUCCUGGGUUCAAACCUUUCACAAGAGUCUAAUCUGUUCCCUUUCAGCCUUCGUAGCGUACCUUGGGUUUAUCAACGUCCUGGUGGCUCACAGUCAUCCUGUGGUUCUCAUGUUCUGCCAGCUGCUAAUAAAUAGGCACAAUAAUCGCUGUUUUGAGUCCGAAAAUUCUCUAACGAAUAUCUGUUCUCUGGAAUGCGAGUCUUCAUAUGAGUGUGGAAGUGCCGAUGGUAUGUGUACACUUUACCCGCUCCCAGUUAAGAAUCAGUUAAAGUUUGAUUACAAAUGAAAACUGGUGUCUAUUUUCUUCCCAUUACAUUAAAAAAAGAACUAGUCAGUGUCAGCUUGAUGCAAGCUCUUGCCUGUUCCCACUGCCUUUCUAAACUUUCCCAACCUGGAAGAAAAUUGAUGGCGGCGUUUCAGGAUGGCGUCGUCUUGGAAUAAGGAUAUAAUUUUCACUUCGUGUAAACCAUCUUACUGUACUGGCUAAAACCAUCAAGUUUGUACGCCAUAGCUUCAAAAUCUAACAAUAACCCUUGAAUUUUUGCUGAAUCGAGAUCAAAUUUCUGUGAAGGUGCUGUGUAAGGGCUAAAUGGCCGUUGUGCUAAAUGCUUGUUUACUCACAUUUCAUCUUACUGAUAUAAUGACCAUUCCUUGUUUUCAGAAAAAAUUGGGAUCCUUUCAGAUAAAGGACCUUUGAAAACCUAUGAUGGUAAGUGCAAGCAGUAUAAUAAUUAUAGCGUAUUUUCUUGUAAAUACUAAUUUUAGUGCCCUUAAAGAGACUGUGUCACGAUAGUGCAUGUGUGAGCUGUGACAGUAGAUGAUUGCUUUCAAACACUUUUCAACUUUCUUUAUAUAUUUACCGUUUAAAAACUAUCCGGUAAAGACAGGUCGUUGAUUGGAGAAUGUUGUUAGACAGAAAUCAAAGCCACAUGACCACACUAAACGCCAUAAUUGAUUCCUUUGUAGCAACAUAUAAAGAACGAAUAUGAGUUUACUUUUAUCGUACGUCUAACACAUAGAAUGGAUAACAUAUAGAUCAAUCUACAUUAUAACAUAAAAUUUUGGGCGAUCGGAGUAAAUGUCACGUGGUUAUAAUGCCACGCCUCUUUGAGGUUUGAGUCGAAAAUCUGCUGUUGCCGGCAUUUUUUCGUGAAAAUCUCUCGGCUACACAUAGUGCGCAUGAUAAUUUUGGUACAGUGAGACAGGCCAUCGCGUGAUACAUAGAGGUUUAACUCACAAUUUUUAAUCAAUUCUCGUGCUUCUUGUGCCUUUGCAAAAAAAUCAAGAAGUGCUACACACUAAAUCUACUCACUAUUAAAAAAAUAUCAUUUUUUUCAUAGGUUUAAUGCAAGCCAAUAAUUAAACCAACUCGUGACGGGAAUCCCUUCUAUUUUCUCAUACUAAAUUAUAAUAUCUCGGUGAGCAUUCGGAAGUCAGCCAAGCGUGGUCAUUGCACGCGUGCUGAACAAGAACGCUGCAUAAUGACAGACUAGAAACAGUAGACAACUCCCAAAGCUCAAACUCAGCCAAAACGCUAAAAAUCUUCAAUGUUUACUCAAGUUUGGGCUUAUAGAAGAUAAUGUCACAGUUUUUCAAUGACCAUGAAAUUCAGAGUCCGGGUAUUUAGUUAAUCAAUUGUGGCCCUGAAAAAAUUUGAAGGAAAAAAAACUACGAAUUUUUAAGAAAAUGCUUUUUUCGUGAGAAAGACUCUUACACGCUGACAAACGUCANUAUAAUCCGUGUAAAGUUUGCUUAUCAUUUUCGCAUAAAUUAUGACCUAAAUUUGGAAACCGCGAAUUUCUCGAAUUGGGUCUUUGCGAUUUUGGUGAAACUCUGUUCAGCUCAAGGCACUAAUGCGCACUAUGUGUAGCCGAGAGAUUUUCACGAAAAAAUGCCGGCAACAGCAGAUUUUCGCCUCAGACCUCAAAGGGGCGUGGCAUUAUAACCACGUGACAUUUACUCCGAUCGCCCAAAAUUUUAUGUUAUAUUGUAGAUUGAUCUAUACGUUAUCCAUUCUGUGUGUUAGACUUACGAUAAAAGUAAAGGUGGGGAUACCAGAGAGCUUCAAAGUAGGAUGGUACCCCCCCAAAAAAAACUGGGUCGAGUCACCUUAAGACUAUUUUUGUGCGAAAUUGGGUAUUCUGUACAUUAAUGAAAACGAGAACCGCUGCGCACAGCUGAGUCAAUCGUCAUGCUAUAGAUUCACUUUUCUGUCUUUCCUUCGGAAAUAUGGUGCAAAUAAACAAAUUGUUUAAGUACUAUGAAUAUCAACUCACCAAACGUUACUUAGAGGGAAGACUCGAAGGUUUCAAGGUUUCUUCAAUCAUGGUUAUGAUAAUGAAGUUUGUCGAAUACCAAAUGGCUAAGAAGGUCUAAGAAAUGUCACGAUUUUAAUCAUUGUUGUAGAUGGUUACAUCAUCAUUGUUCGCAAGGUUGUCACGUGCGAUUCUACUUAACGAAACAGUCUUUAACUCUGACGUCUUGAUUAUAAAAGUGUUGUAAGUUAUUGCUUCUAAAAAGAACGAAGCUUGUACUGAAGGCACUAGUUACAAAACAAAAGAGGUCUUCAUACGUUCAGUGAUUACUAUUGUUACUGUGAAAAGCCAGUCGGUAUGCGAUGCAGUCACACAGUUCGUAUUCGUACGUGAAUAGAAUUCGAUCAAACCGUAAUCCAGUAAGCACAAUUAUAGAAAUAACUCAUGCACACAAUUCGCACGUGAAGAUGCUGUAGUUUGUCUCUUUUACAAUCCGUACGUAAAAGAACGCAAAUUGUUUACUAGAAAAUUUGCUCAAACGAUUUUAAGAAAUCGCCUCGGCUUUAAAACGUCUGCAAUUAAAUUAUGCUUCAUGCAAAGUUAAGGUUGAUAGCCUAACAUUUAUUUAAUUCCAAGGAAAUGAUCAAACUACCGAUUGGAAAUAUAUUUCUACUCCUAUUAUGUUAUUCCACGUACUAAAACAAUAUCUAAUUAUUUUGUCAAAAUAGCUUCCUCCAAUUUUAUUCCCUAACGCUAUUGACAACGGUGACAACAGUGACCACAGCGACAACAGUGACACAGUUACAAAAAGAACGUCAGUGACAACAUCGACAACAUAGACAUCAGUGACAACGGGGACAUCAGGUGACAACAGCGACAACAGUAAAAACAGUGACAACAGCGACAAAAGUGACAACGGCGACAACAGUGACAACAUAGACAUCAGUAACAAUACUGACAAAAGAGACAACAGUGACAACACCGACACCAGUGACAAUAGUUACAACAGUGACUACAGGGACAUCAGUGACAACCAGCCCCAACAGUGACAUCAGUGAAAAUAAGGACAACAGCAAAAACAGUGACAACCAUGACAGCAGUGAUAACAGUGGCAAAAGUGACUUCAGGAACAUACUUGAAAACAGUGACAACAGGGACAUCAGAGACACAAUGACAACAGUGACAAAAGGGACAUCAGUGACAACAUCGACAACAUAGCUAUCAGUGAAAAGAGCGACAACAGUGACAGCAGUAACAAAAGAGACAACAGGGACAACAGUAACUACAGUGUUAACAGUGACUACAGGGAUAUCAGUGACAUAAGUCUCCCCCUGUGCCCCCUUGUGUCCCCUGUAUCCUCAGGUGUCCCCUUUGUACCUUGUGUCCCCUGUGUCCCCUCCUGUCCGCUGUUUCCCCUGUCUCCCCUUUCUCCCCACGUGUCCCCUUGUACCCCCUGUCUCCUCGUAUGUCCCUGUGUACCUUUUGUCCCCUUGCAUCCCUGUGUCCCCUUGUGUCCCAUGCGUCCCCUUCUGUCCCCUUGUUUCCCCUGUAUUCUUGUGUCCCCAGUGUCGCAUUGUGUCCCCUUUGUCCCCAUGUGUCCCCUGUGUCCCCUCUGUUUCCUUGUGCCCCCUUGUCUCUUGUGUCCCUUGUGUUUCCUGUGUUGCCUGUCCCCUUGUGUCCCCUGUGUCCUCUUGUGUCCACUUGUGUCCGUUGUGUCCCCUGUUUCCUCUUGAAUCCUCUGUGUCUCCUUGUGUUCUUUUGUGUCCCCUUCUGUCCCCUUAUGUUCCCUUGUGUCUACUUGUGUCCCUUGUGUCCCCUGUUUCCCAUGUGUCCCCUUCCGUUCCCUUGUGUCUCCUGUGUCCUCGUGUGUCCCUUGUGUCCCCGCUUGUCCCCGUGUUCCCUGUGUCCCCUUUUUUUCCCUCUGUCCUUUGUGUCCCCUUUGUCCCCUUGCAUCCCCUGUGUCCCCUUGUGUCUCUUGUGUCCUCCUGUGUCCCCCGUGUCCCUUGUGCCCCCGGUGUCCUUCAUGUCCCCUUGUGUCCUCUGUUUUGCCUGUGUCCCCUUGUGUUUCCUGUGUUCUUUGUGUCCCCUGUGUCCGUUGUGUCCCCUUGUGUCUCUUGUGUCCCUUGUGUCCUCUGUGUCCCUUGUGUCGCCUGUGUCCCCUUGUGUUUCUUGUGUCCCCUCUGUUCCCUGUGUCCCCUUGUGUCCCCUGUGUCCCUUGUGUCCUCUUGUGUCCUUUGUGCCCCCUGUGUCGCCUUGUGUCCCCUGUUUUGAUUACAAGUGUCCCCUUGUGUUUCCUGUGUCCCUUCUGUCCCCUGUGUGUUCUGUGUCCCCUUGUGUCCCUUCUGUCCCCUGUUUCCUUUUGUCUGCCCCGUGUCCCCUUGUGUUCUUUAGUGUCCCCUGUGUCUGCUGUGUUCCCUUGUGUCCCUUGUGUCCCCUGUGUCCUCUUUGUUCCCCCUGUUCCUUGUAUCCCCUUGUGUGCCCAGUGUCCCUUGUGUCCCCUGUGUCGCCUUUGUCCCCUUGUGUUUCCUGUGUCCCCUUUGUUCCCUGUGUCCCCUUUGUUCCCUGUGUCCCCUGUGUCCAUUGUGUCCCCUGUGGUUCCUUGUGUCCCUUGUGUCCCCUGUGUACCCUUGUGUCCCCUGUGUUCCUUGUGUCCCCAUUGUCCCCUUGUGUUCUUUUGGGUCCCCUGUGUCCCUUGGUUUCCCAUGGGUCCCCUUGUGCCCCUUAUUCUCCAUGCGUCCAGUGAUCCGCUGUCAUGGCCCUUGGCGCCCUUGUUGUCAGAUAUGUUGCAUAGCCUUCAUUCGUUCUCGCUGUCCCUCCUUACCUGUAGUCUCGACCUAUCGGUCCAGUAUGUCCCCUCUGUUCCUUCUGUCUGCUCUCUGUUCUUCUUUUCCCUGUGUUCCCUCUGUUGCCUUGUGUGCCCUCUGUUCCUUGUGUGGCCCUUGUCCUCUCGUGUUUUUCUGUGUUCCCUGGGUCCCCUGUUUUCCCCUGUGUCCCCUUGUGUCCCUUGUGUCCCCUGCGUGCCCUUGUGUUCUUUUGUGUCCCCUGUGUCCCUUGUUUUCCCAUUUGUCCCUUUGUGUCCCUUGUGUCCCUGCGUACCCUGUGUCCCUUGAGCUCCCUUGUGUCCCCUUGUGUUCCCUGUGUCCCCUGUGGUUUCUUGUGUCCCCUGUGUCCCCUUGUGUCCCCUAUGACCCUUGUGUCCCCUGUGUCCCUUGUUUUCCCAUGUGUCCCCUGUGUCCCCUUGUGUCCCCAUUGUCCCCUUGUGUUCUUUUGUGUCCCCUGUGUUCGCUUUUGUCCCCUGUGUCCCCUUGUGCCCCCUGUGUCCCUUGUGUCCCCUGUGUCCCUUGAGUUCCCUUAUGUCCCUUUGUGUCCCCAGUGUUUUCUGUGUCCCCUUGUGUGCCCUGUGUCCCCUGUUUCUUUUUGUGUGCCCUGUGUCUCCUGUGUCUGCUGUGUCCCCUUUUGUUCCCUUGUGUCCCAUGUGACCCCUUUUCUUUCCUGUGUCCUCCUGUAUUCCCUUGUGUCCCUUGUGUCCCCACGUGUCCUCUGUGUCCCCUUGUGUCCCGUGUGUCCUGUUUUGUCCCCUGUGUCUUCUUGUGUCCUUCUGUGUUCCCUUGUGUCUCCCUGUGUCCCCUGUUCCCUUGUGUGUCCUGUUUCCCCUUGUUUUCCCUGUGUCUUCUUGUGUCCCCGUGUCCUUUUCUGUCCCUUUUUGACCUCUUUGUCGCCUUGUGGCCCCUUGUCUACAUUGUGUCCCUUGUGUCCCCUGUGUCCUCUUUUGUCCUCUGUUUCCCCUUUGGCCCGUUGUGUCCCCUGUGGUCCCUUGUGUCCUCUUUUGUCCUCUGUGUCCCCUUUGGCUCGUUGUGUCCCCUGUGGUCCCUUGUGUCCCCUUGUGUCUCCUGUGUGUUCUCGAGUUCCCUUAUGUCUCCUGUGUCCUCUCUGUCCCCUUGUGUCCCUUUUGUCUUCUUGUGUCCCUUGUGUCCCCUGUGUCCCCUUGUGUCCCCUUUGUCUUCUUGUGUCCCUUGUGUCCCCUGUGUCCCCUGUGUCUCCUUGUAUCCCCCUGUGUCUGUCCCUUUUGGCCUCUGUGUCCCCUUGUGGCCCCUUUUUUGCAUGUGUCACCUUGUGUCCUCUUGUUCCCCGGUGUCCUCUUUGGCUUGUUGUGUCCCCUGUGUCCUCUUAUGUACUCUUGUAUUCCCUGUGUUUCCUUUUGUCCCCUUGUGUCUUCUGUGUCCCCUCUGUCGCUUUGUGUCCCCUGUGUUCCCUGUUCCCUGUGCCUCUUGUGUCCCCCAUGUCUCCUUUCUCAUUUAAAAAUUAUGAAUUAUUCGGCAGCGUUGCCCUUGUUUCUCAUAUGGCGCGAAAACUUUGAUGGGUUUCAUUGCUUUCACGGUUUUUUUCUUUCGCACGCUCAGGAGGUCAAAGGACGUGAUUUAAAAAAUCAAAACAAAAAGUUCUGCUUGACUUCUUUAAAAAAUAAUUUGUUUAAUUUUCAAUAAUCAACUAACAGCUCACUGAUUUAUAAAUUUGGGCGACCGACUUGGGGGCCCGGGCACCCCAGCUGAAAUGUUUGGGAGGCCGAAAGGCUCCCCGAAAAUUUGAUCUGGGAGACCAUCGUUUAGGCCUGGGUACCCAAAAUGUUCCUUUGAGCACAGCCUUGCGCCCCGUAGUUAUUGGAAGUGUGAUACAUUACAUGCUAUUGUUGAAUAUGCAAGUGCAUUUAUUGAGGAUAUUAGUAAUGCCGAAUUGCAAAUUUUAGUGAACUACUCCAUACUCUUAACAUAUAUAGUGUUAAUAUUGACGUAAGUUUUGUUUUGAGGAGCAAAGGAAUCCUUGUGUGUAACUCAUCUUCCAGUGUAUUUAACAGAACAUCUCCCUCUCUCCUGCGCACAGUUGUUGUUGAUGCACUUCUCAACUUUCCAAUGCCAUUCAACAUAAUUCUUACUUACACCAACACAUUCCACGUAAACGCCCUCAGGCGUCUUCUUGCUUUCGUAAGAAAGCUCGAUGGAUAGCAGCGCUCGUAAUAUUAUACUACCUGACAUUCAUUGAAAUAUUGAUUAAAAACAUCAUUCUAUUCCAGGUCAAGUCUAAUUUCUUUUCUUUCCUCCCACAUUCAGCUCAUUAUACACGCAACAGGCGCCUGUCUGUCACCGCAGUGAACCGCUGGCACGUUGCCGUGACAUUACUUCGCAACCCUUCACUCAUAAAAUAUCGCAAACAACGAUCUAAAGACAGUGUAAAACCUCUGUUAAGCUUGGGAAGUAUCCACGGUGAUGUUAACGCCUCUGUUUAA